AUGGCUGCGGCUACAGUGGAAUUGCCCUAUAUCUCAGCGCAUUACUCGAUACCCGAGUCGACCCUCACAACCCUUGCUCAAGCCCCUACCGUUGAGCUGGUCAACCAGUUGUUAGAAGCUAUAGCAAAAAGGGCGCGGGAGAAUGACGAGCUAAAGUCCGACAAGCUUCGCUUGGAAGUAGAGCUCGAAAAUGCUGUCCGCAGCAGUGAGUCCAAGAUCAAGGUGCUCAAGGCUUCCGUUGAGAAGAGCCACGCAGAGGUUGAGGGUUUAAGACAAAACCAGAAAGAAUCAGAAAACGCUAGGGCAACGUUAGAGUCAGAGAUUGCCACACUCAGGUCAUCAAACACAUCGAGCGAGUCCGAAUUGAGCUCGUUAAAGUCUCGCAUUUCGUCUCUUGAAGCUUCGAAUAGGGAUACCCUAGCUCUACUUGAGUCCAAAUCGGCUGCUUAUGAUAAACUAGCGGAAGAGCUUUCCAGCCAGCACCAAAAAACCAUCGAGUUGAGGCGAGAACUCUCCACCGCUGAACAAAACCUCCAGGCCUCAAAUUCGGCGUCUGCUAGCGCUCGAUUCCGCGAGCAGAGCCUCCAGCAAGAAUUAGAGUUGACGAAGAAGAACAAUGACUGGUUUGAGAUGGAAUUGAAGACCAAAUCUGCCGAAUACUUGAAGUUCCGCAAGGAAAAGAGCGCACGGAUAACGGAACUUCAACGUCAGAAUGAGGAGGCAAAUGCUACUAUCGAAUCGUUGAAACGCAGCGAGAAUGCACUUAAGAGCCGCCUGGAUGAGAUAGAGCAACGGUAUGAGGAGUCACUAAAUAAUAUUCAACAGCUCAAAGAAGAGGCUACUCAAGUUUCUGAGUCUUUCAAAUUCGAAUUGCAGAGUGCCAAUCGACUCGCCGAACUACAAGGAGCUUCUGCUGAAACUGCCAAACAACGUGUACAGGAGUGCCAGGCGGCUUUAGAGAAAGCGAGGGAAGAUGCAGCAGAAGAAAUUUCGCGACUUCGUGUGGAGGUUGAAACGGAACAUUCUGACAAGGAGAUAGCUGAGCGUCGCAUUGCAGAACUCGAACUGACUAUUAGUCAACUUGAGUCGGAUGGCAGGACUAGAUCUAUGAGUCCAGCCCGCAGUUUUAAUGGAAGCCCCAGCACCCCCGUUCGUCCUGGAACUGCUGCCGGAAUAUUUUCUCCUCGGUCAGCACGAGGAAAGGGUGCACCCACGCUGACACAGAUGUACGAGGAAUUCGACAAGAUGCGCACACUACUUAAUGCGGAAAGGAAAACCAGUCAGGAGCUUCGAACAACAUUGGAUGAAAUGGUUCAGGACCUAGAGUCAAGCAAACCCGAAAUUGACGAGUUACGAGCCGAUCAUGCACGACUUGAAAACGCCGUUGUCGAAAUGUCUAACAUUCUAGAAACAGCCGGAAAGGAAAGAGAUGCGGCAACGAAGGAAGCAAGGAAGUGGCAAGGCCAGGUCGAAGGAUUUGCCCGUGAAGGAGAGGUCCUCAGACAGCAACUCAGAGAUUUGAGCGCACAAGUAAAGGUUCUAGUCAUGGAAGUUGCUCUCGUGAAAGAAGGCGAAGGCAACUAUGACAGGCAAGAGCUCGAAAAGAUUGCUCGCGAUGAAAUCGACGAGUCGACUGUGGAUCUCAGCCCGACAGCACGCUUUAUCAGCAAUAACUUGACAACAUUCAAAGACCUUCGUGAAUUGCAGGAACAGAAUGUCACGCUCCGGCGCAUGCUGAGGGAGCUUGGCGAGAAGAUGGAGGGUGCAGAGGCCCGUGAAAGGGAUGCUGUUCGACUAGAAGAACAAGAGGAAUUGAAGGAGUUGAGGAUUCGUGUACAGACCUAUCGUGACGAGAUCUCAAACCUCGUCGCCCAGACUAAGAGCUAUGUGAAGGAGCGAGAUACCUUCCGUAGCAUGCUCAUGCGCAGACGCCAGACUGUCGACGGCGGCGAAGCAUCGGCAUUUUCCCAGUCUCUUCCCCUUGGUUCUGUUCCGCCUACCGCCACCGAACCGAAAGACGGACCAGACUAUGGCGAGUUACUCCGUAAACUUCAGGCACAUUUUGAUAGUUUCCGCGAGGAGACCGCAACCGACCAUAGCGCCUUGAAGCAGCAAGUCAACGAGCUUUCGAGAAGAAACAGUGAAUUGUUGACCGAAAUAGGCCGCUCGAAUAGCCAACUUGCAGCCGCAACCCAACGCGCGGAGCUUCUGCAGAGCAACUUCAAUAUGCUCAAGACUGAGAAUACGGAACUCCAGAAACGAUAUGGUACCAUUUUGGAGAAUGCCAACAGGCAGGAUUUGAAGACCCAGCAGGCUGCUGAAGACCUGGUGGAAGCCAAGGGGCUUGCCGAGAGUCUUCAAAGGGAAAAUGCGAACCUGAAGGCAGAGAAGGGUCUUUGGAAGAAUAUCGAGAAAAGACUUAUUGAAGACAGCGAGGCGUUGAGAAAUGAGCGUAGCCGACUCGACUCGCUUAACGCCAACUUGCAAACGAUCCUGAAUGAGCGGGAACACAGUGAUGCUGAGAGUCGCCGUCGACUGCAGUCAACUAUUGAAUCCCUUGAAGCUGAAUUGCAAUCCACGAAGAGAAAACUUAGCGAUGAGACGGAAGAAUCGAAGAAAGCGGCGUUGCGCAGAGAGUACGAACACGAGCAGAGCCAGAAGCGGAUUGACGACUUGGUCACAAGUUUGGGCGCAGUGCGCGAAGAAUUGGUUGCUGCGAAGACGACAAGGGAUCAUUUACAGUCAAGGGUAGAUGAGCUCACAGUUGAACUUAGAAGCGCCGAGGAACGGGUUCAAGUCUUACAAUCUAGACCUAGUGUAUCUGCCCCGUCUGUCGAAACGCCACAAGUGACGGAGGAAACGACAGAAGUUAGCGGCCUGACCCGUGAGCAGGAAUUGGGAAUCCAAGUUGCCGAAUUGAAACGGGAUUUGGAAUUGGCUAAAGCCGAACUCGAACAUUCUAAGGAGCAAGUUGAGGACUACAAGGCUAUCAGCCAGGCAACCGAGGAACGCUUGCAGUCUGUUACUGAGACGCAGGAACAAUAUCGUGAAGAAACCGAACGUCUUGUCGAGCAAAAAGACAAGGAAAUCCAAGAUCUGGAGAAGCGGAUAGAAGAGAUCUCUGAAGAAUUAUCUACAACGAACUCCGAGCUCACUAAGCUUCGCGAUGAGCAAGGGGAUGUUGCACGUCGCCUGGAAGAACAGAAGAUAUCGUAUGAAGCCGACAUUUCCAGAAUCAAGGAUGAAAAUGAACGACUCGUUGCUGCGGCCCAGUUCCAUCAGGAUGACUUGAAGGCUCAGGCGGAGAUCGCUCAACACGCUCAACAGAAUUACGAAAGCGAGUUAGUUAAACACGCGGAGGCUGCAAAGAACCUACAAGCCGUUCGCGGGGAAGCCAACCAGCUGAAACUUGAAGUCGUCGAAUUAAAGUCUCGGGCUGAGACAUUAAAGAAAGAUCUUUCUCAAAAGGAGGAAAGCUGGAACGAACUUCGGGCUAGAUACGAGGGCGAAAUUUCGGAGUUACAAAAGCGCCGCGAAGAAGUUCUCCAUCAGAAUUCUUUGCUUCACAACCAACUCGAAAGCAUCACUCACCAGAUAUCUGCCUUACAAAAAGAUCGCACUACUUUACCCGAAACUGAACAGGAGGGGGAGACCAUGUCACCCAACUUGGAAGGCCUUCAGGAGGUUAUCAGAUACUUGCGACGAGAGAAGGAAAUCGUGGAUGUACAAUACCAUCUAUCUACCCAGGAGAGCAAACGCCUUCGCCAGCAACUGGAUUAUACGCAAGCCCAACUUGAUGAUGUCCAGCUCAAACUGGAGCAGGAGCGUCGUGUCGCUGCAGAUAGUGAACAUACUGCUUUGAAUCACAACAAGCUUAUGGAGACCCUCAACGAAUUGAACCUGUUCCGUGAGAGCAGUGUCACGCUUCGGAAUCAAGUCAAGCAGACUGAAGCCGCCCUCACGGAAAAGUCUGCUCGUGUGGACCAGCUUGUGCAGCAAAUAACUCCUCUAGAAACACGGAUCAGGGAGCUGGAGAAUGCUGUUGAAACGAAGGAUGGAGAAAUGAAGCUUUUGCAAGCAGACCGGGACCGAUGGCAACAGCGUACACAGAAUAUCCUUCAGAAAUAUGAUCGUGUCGAUCCUGCUGAGAUGGAGGCAUUGAAGGAGAAGCUUGCAACACUGGAAAAAGAGCGGGAUGAAGCAGUCUCCGCUCGCGACACUUUGCAGGCCCAGGCCGCGACGUUCCCUGAACAGCUCAAACAUGCUGAGGACCGGGUGCAAGACUUACGUGCGAAACUCACAGAACAAUUCAAGGCUCGAUCCAAGGAACUUACCGGUCGUAUUAAUGCUAAGCAGUUGGAGUUGAAUGCCGUCAUUCAGGAGAAAGAGGUACUCACGGAAGAGUUGAAGACUACGAAGGAGGAACUGAAUGAUCUUAAGACCAAGCUGGCUGAACAAGAGGCUGCACCGGUUGUUUCGGAGACUGCACCACGGACCGAUUCCACUCCAGCUGCUCAAUUCCCUACUCAAGACAUGCAGGGCAUCGUCCAAGGUGACGCUGAAAAGAUCAAGGCCCUGGAGGAUAAGGUACAGCGCUUGGAGGCUGCUCUUGCAGAGAAGGACGCUGCUUUGGCUGAAAAGGAGACAGCUCUAUCCAGCAAGAAUUCAGAGCUAGCUGCCAAGGAUGCAGAGCAGGAAACAAAGAUCAAAGAAAGAGCAGACAAGCUCAAGGAAAUCUUCAAUAACAAGCUUGCUGAAAUUAAAGCGUCUCAUAGACAAGAGGUUGCGAAAUUGACAGGCGACCUGCAGAAAACUGCUCAGCCGGCAACUGAUACUCCUGCAACUCCUGCAACUCCCGCAAAGGAAGGACUCCCGGAGCUCACUGAAGGUCAAGCGAGAGAGCUAGUGGCGAAGAAUGAAACGAUUCGGAACAUUCUUCGUAACAACAUUCGCGCGCAGGUAGCGAAGGAAAGAGACAACUUUGAAAAGCAGACACAAGAGUCAGCAGGAGCCAGCCAAGAAACUCUUUCUGCACUUGAAAAGAAGUUUAACGAAGAGAAGGAAGCGCUUAAAAAAACACACGAAGGGGAGUUGCAAGAGAAGAUUAAGGCAGCUGUUGAGUUGUCAGAUAAGAAGAGUCUCGCCAGAAUAAGCAUGCUUGAUACACGAUUCAAAACUUCACAGGCGAAGCUUGAUGUGGUUCAGAAGGCAGCCAACGAAACGCCCCAGAAGCCAGUCGUGGAGGUGUGGGAGGUUGCAAAAACUGCAAGACCUUCACCUGCUGCACAAGCCCCAAAGCCUCCCCAAGCAACGACUCUCCCAACGGUGACACAACCCGCUCCUGCAGCUCCUCCAUCCAUCCCAGCUCAGACGGCCGCCCCAAAUACUGUCGCUCCACCCCCAGCCGCACCUCCGACAGGACCUCAGACACAGGAGCUUGCUCAAGCCCAACCACAGCAACCACAACAAGCCCAGGCAUCACCGGCAACAGUUGCGGCGAAUGCUACUCCAGGUUCACCUGCUCAGGCUCAGCAGAAUAAGCCAUCACCGACGUUACCCAACAAGCCACCGGCUGGUACUGGCCCAGGGGUACUAAGAGCGCUCCAGUCAGGGCUACCAGUCGCUAGAGGUGGUCGAGGAGCUGGACGUGGCGCUCCUCACGCACAAGCUGCUGAGCAGCAGCAACAACAGCAGGGCGGGCGCGGUUCAGGCCUCCCUCGCAGCCGAGGUGGGCGGGGUGGAGGGCAUGGUUUACGUGGAGGAAACCAAAAUGUCCAGAAUACGAAUACCCAACAACAUACGACUGGUGGUGGCAGAGGCGGAUUGAACGUUCAAGCUCGUCAGUUUAUCCCCCAAGGGAACAAACGUUCUCGAGAGGACGGUCCAGAGGCCAGUGGUGAGGGAGGAAAUGUCGGGAAGAGAAUGAGAGGCGGAGGCCAUGCAAGAGGGUCUUAGGAUGGGGGACUAUCUUUUUUACUUUUGUCAGUUCUCGUUUUCAGAUGAUUUAAGCAUAUCUGCUAUUGAUUACAUUCUUAUCUAUAUGCCAUUUUGUCUUGAGUGUCUUCGAGCUUUUUCUGCUCAUUGAAUUUGGUUUCGAGCAUCUGCCCGAAGAGAAGUGAGAUCUGGCAGCCAGAGAUUUUAUUACCUUAUUUUCAUUUGUUUCAUCUUCCCAGCACUAUGUUUACUGGUGCAUGAUGAUGAUUACUGUUCUAUUGAUUCUUCUUGACGUGAAAAGGGACGGGAUUUUUGGAAGGAGAGAAACAUGUAAAAUAUCGAACAUCUAUUCAUCUAUCCUUUACUUGGGUAUACAGAAUUAGCACCAAAACGAAUAAAGUGGUAUCAUCGC